AUGUCUGUUAUAAAAAUCACAACAGAAGGAGAUGCAGUACUUGAGGAAAGUGAUGAGGAUGAUUCUGAUGUGAUUUUAAGUGAUGCAGAUUAUGAUGAUAGUAGUGAUGAUGAUCUAUUUACUGAGAAUGUUGAUGAGGGGUUAGCUGAUAUAGUGAAUAGUGAUGAUGAUUUGAAUGACUCAGAUGAAAAGAUUAGGAGCUUGGAAGAAUCUGAUGAUGAGCAAGGCAUCCACUACCCUGUGUUUAAUCCAUUUGUUGACUUUAAAGGAAAGAUUAAGAACAGAUGUGCAUGUGAGUUGAAAAAAUACAGAUUUGUUCCAUGUACUUGUGAAGUGACAAGAAAGUGUAAGUUCAGAAUAUAUGGAGCAAAGGUGAAGGGAGAGGAAACAUUUCAGUUGAAGAGUCUUAAUUUAGAGCAUGCUUGUGGUAGGCAACAUCAGAAUAACAAAGUGACUUCAGAAUAUUUGGCUGAAAGGUUCUUGGAUGAGUGGAGGAAUUCACCAAGUUGGAAACUAUCUGAAUUCAUGAAAAGGGAAAAAAGAGUGACUGGAGUUGAGCUUGGGUAUUAUAAGUCUGUGGUAAAGGUUGUGGGUAUUGAAAAUCCUCCACCAUUGUUUCAAAGGAUUUAUAUAUUUUUACAACCUUGCAAAGAGGGAUUUUUGGCUAGAUGUAGGCCUAUCUUGGGUGUUGAUGGGUGUCAUCUAAGGAGUCCAUACUCUGGUAUUUGCUUGACUACAAUUAGGAAAGAUGGAAACAACAAUAUCUUCCCUAUUACCUGGUCAAUGGAGGAAGUAGAGAAUGCUGAUACUUGGGGAUGGUUCCUAGAUAUGUUGGUGAGAGAUCUGGACAGUGUGAAAGAUGCAUCGACUUAG